AUGUGCGAUGAGAUCGGAAAGGUUCAAUUCGAAUCUAAGGAGACUGCACCUAUGGAUUCACCGGAAUCCGUCACUUUGAAACCUCCUCUAAGCUAUGCGGCUUCUGUUCUCAGUCCGAUCAGUCGUUUCUCUACGGCUAUGAUGGAGGAUUUCGUGCUGGGAGAAGAUGACUACACCAUUACAGACGGUAAGCUUGGCCCUAAUAUUCGUUUUUCGCAGCGAGUAGAAGACAAACUUGAUUUAGAUUGGAAUUGUGCUGUGAUUGUAAAGUUGAUGGGUAGACCUAAUACUGAGAAUGCAUAUGACUUCAUGAAGAGGGCUCUAACUAGAAAAUGGACUAUGAAGGGACCGUGGCAACUAAUUGAUUUACCGAAUUCUUUUUUCAUUGUGAAAUUUCAAUUGGUUGAAGAUAUGAACUAUGCUCUUUGCAAUGGUCCCUGGAUCAUUGCUGGGCAGACUCUUGUGGUGCAAAAAUGGAGACCGGAGUUUGAUCCAUAUGCAGAUAAGAUUACUCAUAUGGCUGUCUGGGUGCGAAUUAAUGGGUUACCUGUGAAGUAUUUUAAGCAAUUCACCAUGGAAAGGAUUGGGAGCAUGAUAGGCAAGGUAGUUAAGGUUGAUCAACACACUUUAGCUCAAGCCAGGGGUAAAUUUUGCAGGGUUUGUGUUGAAAUCAAUCUAGCUGAGCCUUUGAAACCUUUUGUUGAAAUGGAUUCCAGACCUUUCAGUGUUGUUUAUGAAGGUAUCUCAACCAUCUGUUUCAAUUGUGGAGUUUAUGGUCAUGUUAAGGAGCAUUGUCCUUAUGUGGGAGAGGUAGCAAAUGCUGAGGAAGUUUCGGAAGCAGUGAACAAUAAGGGAAGCAGUCCCCUUUUUGGUGUUAAUUCUGUAACGAAGACCGACACUAGUAUACCGAUUCCUGAGAACGUUCCACAGGCUAGUCCUCAUAUUUCUCCAUCUACUACAAAGUGCGCAGUCAAGAGUAACAUGGGACCAUGGAUGAUCAUGAACUAUCGGAAGAAAAAGUCGAUGAGUAAUGCUCAAAGUGAAGAUGUUAAGGAGAAGAACUCAUCUGGGUCUAGAUUUGCUCCUUUGCAGGCAGAGAAUGGUAUUGAGGGAGAAAAAUUGGAAUGUAAUGCUCACGAUGUUGCUCCCAAAACCCACACUGAUAAGCUUAGUGCUUCUGAACCGAAAAUUGUGAAGAUAUGGAAGCAGGUGCAAGAGAAAACUGAGAAAUCCUUACCUAAGGAAGGGAAAAUGAAGGAGAAGGCUGUUGUCAAAAACCCAGAGCAUUCUGAUGCAAUGCCUAAUCCUAUGAGAGGGAGAACUCCUUUACAGGAGAUUUCCAAUGCCAAGCCUGCUCCUAGCAAAACUAGACUUGGUUCAAAAACUAGAAGUGCAUUUGGAAAGGGUACAAAGGAUAAUUUUCCCAGUAGUUCCAAGAGUUUAGCCUCUUCAUCUGUCAUGCAGGGGGUGUUUAAGACUGGGUUCACUGAAUUUAGUAAUAUGUUGAAAGCUGGUCAAUAUAGAAACCAAAGUCUUUCCUCUACUGAUGCUGAGUUUGGACACACACCACCUGAGGAAGAUUUAAACCAAGAAGAUGUUGAUGGUGACUGUGUGUUGGUUAAUAUCGGUGACGAGGAUCACCAGAGUCCUAAUGACUCAUCUACUUCUUUGCAGGCUUCUGCUAUUGACGAUGCUGGUAUGCAGUCCAAUCUAUCCUCUCAGAAGGGAGAGGAUAUGAUUGUUUCCUGA